UAGCAAAAUUACGCGUCCGCCGAUUAAUUUCGUUCCGCUAGCCAAUAAAUUCGAUCCAGCAAUGUACCUUCUACGAAGCGCACUAGUGGUUCUGGUGGUUGCGUUGGCAGCGACUACCGCAGCCAGCACCAGAGAGGAAGAGCAAAUGAUCAACCUGAUCGACGAAAUCGACAGCGAGUCCAGCUUCCCGCUGUUCGGCGGACUGAGCUUGGAACGGGACGAAUCGGCCGAUGGACGGUCCUUCGCAGCCACCGGAGAAGAGUUGGCAGAUCGUGCCGUGCGGUAUCUGAACGGUCACAGUGUUAAGUUCAGCAUUCCUGCCGGCGAUGAAAGCGAGGGUCGUCAGAUGGAAGCUCGUAGCAGCCGUCUGAAGAAAGUGUUCCUCCCGCUGCUGCUCGCACUGAAGCUGAAGAUGUCGAUCGUCUUACCAAUCCUGCUCACCAUCAUCAAGCUCAUCUCGCUCAAGGGACUGAUCGCCGGACUGUUGGCACUGAAAUUCUCCAUUUUCACCUUCCUAAAGGAUCUGUUCAACAAGAAACAGGAACGUGUGACCACCGCCUACAUUACCAGUGCUCAGCCGGUGAAUGCCGAGAUUGUGCACCAGGACUGGCACCGCAAUGGACAGGCUUCGUCCCAGGAAUUGGCCUACGGUGCUUACAAUCCUUACGCUACCCUGCAGUAAUGAACUUAGGUUGGCACGAAGCUAAUUAAUCCUAUUAGUAAACCAAAAACGACCUGCACCUGACCGCCGUCUGUUCAACACACGAUAGUUUAUUUAUUUAAUUUAUUACAUUUCAUCCGUCGUUUCUG